CAGUCUACUAGUCUUCAUUUGAGAAUUUGUGGGCAAUUUUAGGGUUUAAAACUUUUUGUGGAUUACCCAGUUGAAAGUCUAGGGUUUUUGGCGGGUUGUACUUUUCUCUCCUUUCUUCACAAGAAUCUCCAAUUUUCUCUCCAAUUGGCUUCAACGAUUUCGCAGUUUACAAUCAGCUAAGCUUAAUUGUGAGAAUAAGAGAUGAGUACUGGAGGUGAAAAAGGAUCGUCUAACACCAAAACCCCUGCUGAUUUUCUUAAAUCCAUUCGAGGUCGCCCUGUUGUUGUUAAACUCAAUUCGGGUGUUGAUUAUCGUGGUAUUUUAGCUUGUCUGGAUGGAUACAUGAACAUCGCAAUGGAGCAAACGGAAGAGUACGUCAAUGGACAGCUGAAAAAUAAAUACGGCGAUGCAUUCAUUCGAGGAAACAAUGUGCUUUAUAUCAGUACAACAAAGAGGGCACUUUCUGAUGGCGCAUAACUCUUGGGUCCGUUUGUUGCUGCAUUUGAAUGUGUAAUUGGUAAUUAUCACAAGUCGUAGACUUAAAAACGUUAUAGAUUGAGCCAGAGUGUUUUAACUGAACCCGUUUCCUUCCUAUUUGAUAUUAUUGUACGUAUUACGUAACAAGCACAUUGGUAUAGAGUGCAGUUAGCAUCUUAGCCGUGAGCUGAUUCGAUUU